AUGCAACUCUCAGCUCUCAGCGCCCUCAUCGGGCUAUCUGCCUCGGUCGUAGCGACAAUCCCUCAUCCGCCAGGUCGUACUCCUCUCCGCCGCCAGGCUUCGACCGACACUACCUCUUCCCUCUGGGUUUCUGAGGUCCCGUCCUCACCUCGUCCAUAUGCCGUCCGUCACUAUGGGAUACCCGGAGUUGUUGUCGGCGCGCAAACGUACCGCUUCCCAGUGACAGGUCCCAGCUCUGACUAUGCCUUCACCCUCAUCUCAACUGGUGCCCCGGCGUCUGGCUCCCUCGGUGUCCUGCCGCACGCCCAUCUCACUCAUUACGAGAACUUCUUUUGUCUUAAGGGCCGCUUCCAGUUGUGGACUGCUUCUGCUGAGACAUUCGAGAAUGAAGAAUCUCGUCUCCUGACUCCAGGAGACUAUGGCGCUGUGCCCCACAACACUACACACACCUUCCAGGUUCUUGACCCUGACACCGAUAUGGUCGGUGUAAUCCAGCCUGGAGGGUUCGAGGAUCUCUUCUACGCCCUGGCCAAUGCCAACUACACUUCUCCUUUGCAGAGUCCCUACGACAUCAACGAUGCAAGCCCUUACAAUGCCACGAGCAGCUCGCCACCGGCCGAGGUCAUCGCGGCGCUGGAGUCCUUUGAUGUGUACGCACAGCUGAAUUUCACUCCCUCGCGCGAUCUUGUCAACGGCUCCUACUCGUCUGCUAAGGGGUCUGGAGAUGUGGCUGGUUGGCAUGUUGCCGCGGCCGAGUUGGGCGCCGACGAGAAGACGCCCUACUUCGUGGCCAAGGACUUUGGGGCCAAGUGGCUGAGUGAUGAAGCCGGCUUCUACCAGAUCGUCCAACCACUCGUCACGCCUACUCAGUCAGCUGGGAACUUCACCCUCGCAACCAUCAUCCUUUCCGAGAAGCUCUCUAAUGAAUCAGCCAUGAGCAUUCCUGGCAACGACACGUCUGCGGCUAGUGGCAGCAGCGCGAGUGGCAGCACGGCGUUGACUGGUCACUCUGCUUUUGAGGUGCUGGAGGGUUUACUGGGUUUCGAAAUCAAUGGAGAGACUAUCCAGCUGGCGACCGGUGAUGUGGUAUUUGUCCCUGCUGGCACAGCUUUCCAAUACUACAGCGUGGUGCCUUUCACCAAGGUCUACUACAUCUCACAAGGCGCUGAUGGCCUGGACACGAGGCUGAUGGCGAAUGGAGUCAGUGGAUGGGAGUACCCAGCCUGGCCUUCUGAUGCUUGA